AUGAACCGAACUAUAUCCCCACCUAGGCCUACUAUUGAACAACUACGACAUGUCGUCAACAACUACCCCAUCAUCGACAAUCACGCCCACAACCUCAUCUUACCUCACCAAGCCGAUACAAUUCCCUUUGAAACCAUAACCACGGAAGCUCAAGGAAGAGCUUUGCGAGACACCUUCAAAUCACUGCCCCAUUUACGAGCCGCCAAACAGCUACGCCGACUUUACGAAUGUGGUGAGGACGCGGACUGGGAGGACAUUCUGGAACAGAGGGUUGAGUGGAUCCGGAGCAACUCCGAACGAUUGCAUCAACGAUGCUUCGAAAAUGUGCACGCACUCCUCAUCGAUGAUGGACUCGCUGGGCCGGAGAAAGUCUUCCCUUACGACGACCAUGAUCGUUGGACCCAGGCACCCAGUAAGCGCAUUGUGCGCAUCGAGACGGUCGCUGAGCGCUUGAUGGAGAAUCUUGUACGAGAUGCAUCAGAAGACGAUCUGGGAAAGACCAAGUUUCUACCGCAGGUCUGGACGAAUUUUACUGAAGACUUCGAGCGCGAGAUUCAAGACGCGGUUGAAGAUGACAACGUUGCUGGAUUCAAAUCUGUCAUCUGUUACCGAACGGGUCUUGAUAUCGAACCGGAGUAUGAAGAAGCUGCGAAGACAGUUGGACACCCUUUCGAGCGCUACGUCAAGAGUUGCAUUCGCAAACGCAACUACCGUAUCGAAAAGAAGCACCUGAACGACUAUCUUGUGUUGCGCACACUGGAGAUCCUGUCCGAGCAGUUGCCACAUGGUGAUUCUCUUGCGAAGCCAUUUCAGCUACAUACUGGCCUGGGAGACAAUGAUAUUAGCCUCCUUGAGUCAAACCCAGCCUUCCUGCAGCCAUUGAUCGAGAACUACCCCCAGCUACUCAGCGAGUAUAUCCAAAAAGGCGACAUAACCCCACACCAAGCUAUUGGCAUGACGAAAGAUAUCAUGUUCAACAACUCCAACGUACUGUAUGAUCUGCGCUACGAGGCUAUAUUCGAUGAGACAGUACAAGCGGAUCCAAAACAACUUACCUACAACCCAAAGCCUGCUGCGGCUUCACCUUAUCAGUCUCCAGCAGUGACACCAGCCCCUGCUAUGAGUAUCCCCAACCGAUUCUCAGCUUCCAACACACCAGCCAGUCGGUCAGUCUCUCCGUACACGCAGCCGGCGUUCCCUCCACCGCCAAAGGUGCCGCACGUAUACGACGUUCAGCUGUUCGAAGACUUUAGAGAAAGAAACCCUGCAGUAAAGUUCAUCUACGUGCAAUGGCUUGAUUACAUGGCUACGAUCCGUAGUCGUAUUGUUCCCGUCAAGGAAUUUACACGCAUGAUAAUCGAAGGAGAACGCAUUGGCAUAUCACAGGGAAACAUGGGAACUCUUCAGAACGAUCGCCUUACCCCAGUUGUAAACACCACGGGCCAAGUCUACGUCGAACCCGAUCUACGUUCCCUCCGUGUAACCCACAACAAAGACCCCCUUCCCGCUGCAACAGUACUCAGCUACUGGCGCACAGAAGACGGAUCUGCCCUUCCAGAAGACCCACGAAACAACCUGGAAACGCUAAUCAACGAUCUCCAAUACAACUACGCGACAUCCCUUCUCAUCGGCUUCGAAAUAGAAGUCACAUUCCUCUCGCGAAACCCCCCUUCCACUUCCACCAACCCUUUCCAAACUGAGCCCUACUCACCCUUGACCAAGACCCAUGCGUGGGGAACCCUUACACCGGAACAAUGGCUGCAACUCCCCUUCCUCAGCGAAAUCGUCCUUGCACUCGAGGAAAUGGGCAUCGAAGUGCAACAAUUCCAUGCUGAAUCCGGACCGGGACAGUACGAAUUCGUACUUCCGCCUCAUCCUCCUCUACUCGCUAUCGACACGCUUAUCCAGGCCAGACAGGUCAUUGCUCAGAUAGCUAGUCUGCAUGGACUGCGCGCCACGUUGCACCCUAAGCCUUUCGAGGGUAUGGGCACGGCUGCCCACGCGCAUGUUAGUUUGCAUCCGCCAGAGAGGGACAUGCAGUUCUUCGUCGGAGGCGUGUUGAAGCAUCUCCCUGCUAUUUGUGCGUUCACCAUGCCGGAAGAAGUUAGCUAUGGACGUGUAGCAGACAACUCUUGGACAGGCGGAUCAUGGGUAGCAUGGGGCACCCAAAACCGCGAAACACCACUCCGGCGCAUCUCCCCCGGCCGCUGGGAACUCCGCUGUAUCGACGGUCUCGCAAACAUGUACUUCGCUCUCUCUGCUGUUCUCGCCGCCGGCCUCCUCGGUCUCGCUGCAAACGACCUUAUCUUCCCGGAACAGGAUAUUCAGGCCAAUCCUGCGACUAUGGAUGAGCAGAUGCGCGCUGCGGUUGGUAUGACGAAGAAAAUGCCUAGGAGCAUGAAGGAGGCUGUCGAGGCGCUGAGAGAGGAUGGGCCGCUGAAUGAGGCGUUGGACCAGAAGUUCGUGAGAGCGUAUCUGGAGAUGAAGCGUGAGGAGGCGAAGAUGUUGGGGGAGAUGGGGGAGAUUGAGCGCAGGGCGUUUCUGGUGGAGAGAUAUUGA